GCCACAGCACAGUACAAGAAUAUUUAUUCCAUCCGAGUCCACCAUUUUUGUCUCGACAUUCCUGUUGGCAUUCUCUCGCCGGUCUACCGACUUCAAUUUUCACCCAAAAGUUAAUGUAACCAUUCUAAAUACUCGUAGAAACAGUGAGGAGAAACAAUCCCGUCGACGAAGAAAAUAAUUGAUCAGUUGUGAAGAUGAGCACCGACAGUAUUGAGAAGUUGUACAAACAUUUUGGCAUUCUAGCUGACGCCAAAGACAAACUCCCGGAGCAUGAGAAGGAGUACUUGGAGAUUCUGAAAGCUGUGAAGGGGAGCCCGAAGGAGAAGCGUCUGGCGUCGCAGUUCAUCGCGAGAUUCUUCAAACAUUUUCCAAAACUUGCGGACAAGGCGAUUGAGGCACACCUGGACCUCUGUGAGGAUGAGGAUAUUGCUAUUCGAAAGCAAGCGAUUAAGGAUUUACCAGCCCUCUGCAAGGACAAUAAGGAGCAUACACCGAGAAUUGCAGAUAUUUUGGCGCAGCUACUGCAGGCCGAGGACCCCACAGAACUCGCAGUGGUUCAUAACAGCAUUAUGUCACUGUUGAAAAAUGAUUCUAAAGGAACACUCAAUGGAUUUUUCAGUCAUAUUCUAAACGACGAUGGUGAGCGUGAUGGGGAACGUGAGUCUUGUAUAAAAUUUCUGGCCUCAAAAUUGAAAUCCAUUGGACGUGAUGUUAUAACUAAAGAAUCUGAGGAUUUAUUGAUUGCUGAGUGCAAAAAAAUACUCAACGACGUAACAGCCAGUGAAUUUCACGGAAUAAUGGAUGUACUCAGCUGGACGAGACUGGGAUCAACAGUCAUAGGACAGCAAGAGCUCGUGGACAUUACCAUUGAGCAAGCAGAAUUGUCCGUGCCUUUCAAGCACAGCAGCAUUGAGCAGUUGGACAGGUUGAUACAAUGUAUAAAGCACGCUCUUCCGCACUUUAGUGCCCAAAUUGACUCUUCGAAAUACGUCUCCUACAUCUGUAUGCAAGUUCUACCCCAUUUGUCACUGAUAUCAGCACCUGAUGGUCGUGACGCCCAGCUGAUCAUCCUGAAAUUGCUAGCUGAGUUGAUGACGUUCUGUGGAAAUGUUGAAAAACCAGAGGAGAAAGUACAGCAGCUGUACAACGCAUUGAUUGUCUACAUGCCACUACCACCAGACACCGACAUCACGGAAGUCCCAAAAUUAGAAUUCAGCCACGUCGAGUGUCUCAUGUAUGCAUUCCACAAGCUGUGCAAACAGACUCCAGAGUUUUUAAUCAAGGAUCCAGAGCAGCUGAAAGAGUUCAGGUUGAGGCUGCAAUAUUUUGCGAGGGGGAUACAAGGAUAUAUUAAGGAACUGCGUGAAGCUAUCAGUGGGAAAUCGGAGAAGGACCUGAAAUCCGAGGAGAAUCAGCUGAAAGUGGUUGCACUGAAGACCACCAACAAUAUUAAUACACUCAUCAAGGACUUGUUCCACUCGCCACCGAGUUUCAAGAGUGUUAUUCAUCUCUCGUGGAAGACUCCAGUGGUCGAUACUAAGAAGGUGGAGAAGACAUCAUCAAUCCAGAAACGACACACGCCAAUCACAUUUGGCAAUGAUGGAAGUCCAACCAAACGUAAUAAGGAUGACAAGCAGGGGGGCAAGAGGGAGAUUUAUACACCGCCAAGUGGAAAAUACAGUGCCAAUAUUUCAUCAGGAAAUUACGGAAACCGAGGUAGAUUCAGGGGAAAUCGUUCAGGUGGGCGUGGGGGAUUCAGACCUCGAGGUCGAGGUGGUUGGAGGAAAAACUCAUACUAAUGACUCCUGUUCAUUCGCCAUUUUCCUUAAAAAACAAACAAUGACAUGAUAAUGACGAAAAGUGGAUGGUUUCGUUUGAAAUUGUGUGGAUGCGUCAAGAACUGUUCAAUGAAAUGGCAAAAAAACAGUGACGUGGGAUUCAUUUGAAAUACGAGACGCAGCAAAGGACGGACGUUUACCUUUUCUCCCAUUUGUUUUUUUGUUCGUGUGAGAAUUUCGCGAGUGAAGAUUACUUUGUUAUAUAUUGCGUCAACUUUUCGAGGACUUUGAAUUAAUAACUGGAUCGGCUAUAGAGUGAAUUGAUUUAAUUUCCAUUUUGUCGAGGCUGUACCACGAAGCUUAUGAAUAGUUGGGAAUGAGAUGAGACAGAACUUCAUAAAUUGGGAUAAUUAAUGGUGAAGUGCGAGUGAAAAACUGUUGAAGGAGAAAAUUGCAGCCCUAAAAUGUUGAAGAGAAUAAGUGGAAUUAUUCCAAUAUGUAUUCUCCCCAAGCAACAACCCUUGAUCCCCAGCGUAGAUCACUCCCAGUUUUCCAAGCCCUCAAUUCCUGCCCUCAAUGUACUCCUCAAUCUGUACAUUUUAUUCUUAUGUUAACAGGGAGCGCCAAUUAUGCUGUGGACUAGUACAUCAAUUCAUCAUUAUUUUGUUGAUUAUAAUUUCUUAAAUCAAAGAAACCGUUUUCCAUAUUUUUCUAAAUUUUUAUUGAAUAAAUAACAUCUAUUUACCUCA